AUGACUAGGACGCUCAAGAAGGGCGUGUACUCGACCGUCUUUUUGGGGGAACCGGCGUUCGAGAAGCUCCCCAAGGGUCUCGCCGCCGGCGACACGCUGGCAGGUUCGAUCACGUACGGCCAAAAGCACAACCACUUCAAGGGUGUCUCGCAAAAGCCCGAUGGCUUUUCGCUGACGUACACGGUGCCGUCGGCGCCGACGCCGGUCAAGGAGCCCGAGGCGGUGGUGCCCGAGGACGUGCGCUCGGAAGACGAGCUCGCGAACGACGCCGUGCGCGACCUUCUUGUCGCGCGCGUUGUCAAGCUCCAGGGCAAAGACGCGUUUCUUGACCGCUGGACCGUGCUCAACGAGACGUACCCGACACACCUGCCCCUGCUCCAGGCGCGGCUCCAUCACUACAAGCACGACGCGCACGCCGAGGUUGUCGAGGCGGCCGACGCUGUGCUCGCAGCGAUUGACGCCGAUGCGCUGGCGGCCCACUACGGGCUCAAGCUGCUUCCGAACGACGCGGCGGCCGCCAAGGUGCGCAAGACCAAGGACGCUGAGAAGGCGGCGCUCGUGGAUGCGCUGAGCCGCAAGGCGCGGGCGCUCGGGGCCGCGGGCGACGACUUCCAGACCGAUACAUUUUCACACGGUUUUCCACGAUUUCACACCAUUUAA